AUGGCUCCGACGUCAAGCUGGAUCAUUGCAAUAUUUCCUUUUGCCCUUUACGCCGUCUUUGCCUUGGUCAGAUACUUCUACUUCCACGAUGCGCCCCCACCGGGCCUCAAAUUGAUACCUGGCCCGACGAGCACAAUCCCUUACAUUGGCAGAGUCCACGAUGUCGACCCGACUUGUCCGGAGAUUUCCAUGAGGAGAUUUUGCGACCAGUAUAAUGGUAUCUUCAGGCUUACGAUAUGUGGUGAGAUGCACAUAUGGAUUGGCGACCAGGACAUUGCAUUCGAACUGCUAUGCCGGAGGGCAAAGAAAUACUCUUCACGGCCCAUGGUACCGGCAAUACCAGGGAGUGACUCACAAGGACUAUAUCUUCCUCUUUUGGCUGCUGAUGAUCACUGGCGAAGGCAACGUCAUUUCGCGAACACAUCACUUAUGGCCAGUCUGCAACAGCAGUAUCAAGGCUAUAUCGACUUAGAAAUCAGGCUAUUCCUCCGACGGCUAUUGACGAGUCCCAAGGAUCAUUUCACGCAUUUGCACGACUUCUGUGGCCGUAUCAGUGCUAGACUUGGCUACGGCAGACCCGAGCCGUCUGCUGCGCUCAGUGAGAAUGCCAUCACAUUCAUUGGGCAGAUCUCCCCUUCUGGUCCGAUCACGAAUCUGCUUCCAUUUCUCGGUCACCUUCCCGAAUGGCUUAAUCCGUCCAUCAGGCGGGUGAGAGAGCGCAGGGAGAAAGAAGCAGAACUCUUCAAACAUCUCAUGGCCCAAGCCCGUUCCGAUAUGUCGAAUGGGACGUUACCAAUGAGUUAUGCUCGCAACUACAUUGAGCAGAAAGGAGCAUCAAAUGCCCAUCCCUUCGACUUCGAAGACGAAGAAGAGGCCAUAUAUGCCGUCGGCAUGCUCGUCACAGUCGCCAUCUUCACCAUCGGAGGCCCACUAUACUGCUUCUUCCUAGCCAUGGUCCUCCACCCCGAAUGGCAAACAAGAGUACGCGAGGAAUACGACGCCGUAAUCGGCGACCGCCCAGUAGCCAUGAAAGACUCACCCAACCUUCCUGUCCUGCGCGCAGCCAUCAAGGAGUGUUUCCGCUGGCGGCCCCCAGUCGCACUAGGCGUCCCUCGCCUCGUCGAGGAAGACGACGAGUGGAACGGGUAUUACAUUCCCAAAGGCGCCGUCGUCCACGCAGUCGACCUGGCCAUGGCGCGCGACGCAAACAUCUAUCCUGACCCCGACUCAUACCGUCCCGAGCGCUGGCUGCAGAGCGAUUUCCCGACGUAUCGAGAGCCGCUCACCGAGUAUCCGCGGUUCAAGGGCUAUCAUGGUUUCGGCAUGGGCCGUCGCGUCUGUAUGGGCAUCGAGCUCACCGAAGCGGAGUUACUCGUCGCGUGUGGCUCGAUUGUCGGCUCUUUCGAGCUGAAGCCGACAACGAAUGCCAAAGGCGAGCCACAGUGGCCUCACGACUACAAGUUCACGCCUAAUCUGAUUGGCGGACCGCUUCCUUUCGAGCUUGACAUCGAGGUUCGUAGUCCCGAGCGGGCGAAGCUAAUUGAGGCUUGGUACCAGGAGAGCAGGUAA